CGCCCAGUCGCACCCAUUUCCUCCCUACUUUUCCCCAUUGUUUCCCCCAGAAAAGAAAGUAGAAGAAAAGUGAAGAAAAAAAGAGAAGAAAACUGAAAAUGGCGAUGAACGAUGAUACCAACAAUAAUGUUAACAAUGGUGAAGAUUUGAAAACUUGUGUAGUAUUGGGUGGCCGAGGGUUGAUAGGAAGAUCGUUGGUGACGAGGCUGUUGAAACUCGACAAUUGGAUCGUCCGAGUCGCCGAUUCAGAUUCCUCAAUCCAACUCGAUGAGUUGGACGAUGACUCGCCUCUCUCCCAGGCUCUCGCCUCCGGUCGGGCUUCAUAUUUCCAUGUGGACGUUAGAAACAAAGCGGAAGUUAUCCGAGCUAUUGAAGGUGCAGUGGUGGUAUUCUACACUGAUACAUUGGAUUCUUGUACUCAUGAUUUCUAUUCUUCCUACACAAUCAUUGUUCAAGGUGCCAGGAAUGUAGUAAAUGCUUGUCAAGAGUGUAAAGUGAAACGAUUGAUCUACAACAGUCCUGCAGAUAUUGUUUUUGAAAUUGGACGUGACAUAAAAGAAGGAGAUGAAUCCUUGCCAUAUGUCGGAAAAUUUGGCAGCAUGUUGACUGAUCUGAAGGCUCAAGCAGAAGCCAUGGUCUUACUUGCCAAUGAUAUUGAUGGCCUUUCAACAUGUGCAAUUCGCUCCAGCAAUGUCUUUGGACCUGGUGAUAAGCAGCUUGUGCCGUUGCUGGUUCAUAUGGCAAAAUCUGGAUGGUCUAAGUUUAUUGUAGGAACUGGGAAAAAUGUAUGUGAGUUUACCUAUGUGGAAAAUGUUGCCCAUGCCAAUGUCUGUGCAGAAGAGGCUCUAAGUUCAAGGAUGGUUUCUGUAUCUGGAAAGGUAUUUUUUAUCACAAAUCUUGAGCCCAUUAAGUUUUCAGACUUUGUGUCUGCCGUGCUGAAUGGCUUGGGUUACCAGAGGCCAGUGAUAACUCUUCCUGCUGUUGUGAUAAAAUAUCUCAUAUUUCUUGUAAAUCUGAUGCGUCUGAAAAUGGACUCCACAUCAGUCAACAGGGUUCUUGAAUUAAGUUCCUGCACUAGGACGUUGAACUGUUCUUCAGCGCAGAAAUAUAUUGGGUACUCGACAGUUGUUUCACUGCAAGAAGGGAUUACGUUAACUGUUGAAUCAUUCUCUCAUAUAGCCCAAGACUCAAUUACCAAAUAUGGUGAUUUUGCUGAACAAUCAAAAGCAAACAAACUUCUAGGAAAUGGGAAAGCUGCAGAUAUUUUGCUGUGGAGGGAUGAGAAGAAGUCUUUUACUUGUUUUCUUUCUUUGGUUCUCUUCUACUACUGGUUUUUCCUUUGUGGAAGAACUUUUAUCUCCUCUCUUUCUAAGCUUCUGCUGCUGAUUAUUGUUUCGCUGUCAUUGUAUGGUCGUCUGCCAUCAACUGUAUCUGGUGUCACAGUUCCAAGAGUUCCAUCAUCUUAUUUCGAGAUAUCAGAAGCAAGUAUGAGAAACACUUUCUCAGCAAUAGGAUACAUGUGGAAUUCUGGGUGCCAUUUGGUAGAGUCAUUGGCUCAGGGAGAAGAUUGGAAUGCUUUCAUCAUGAUAGUAGCUUUGCUGUAUUCUUUCAAGCUCAUUGCAUCUCAUUCCUUGAUUCUGGCAACUGGUAUUGCAUUGAUCCUUGCUUUCAAUGUAUUCUUCAUCUAUGAGCAAUAUGAGGAAGAAAUUGAUGGGGCCGUCACAUCUUUAUUAAUCCACACAAGGAAAGCUGGGGGCUGGUUGUUGAUGAAUCUGCCUAGCCCUAUGGUGUCGUUGCUUCCUGGCCGUGGGACAUCAUCAGAAAAACCGAGCUACACAUUCAAGACCGAAUAAUAACAGCUCACUAGACCUUGGCGUGACUCGCUUGCUUGAAUUUUCCAGGGUGGAUGUGUAAAUAGGUUAGAUUCCCAAUUUAAAGUAACCCUUUACUAAAUUGACAAAGUAGACAAGUGUCUGCAAACACCCAAGGCAAAAAGUUGUAGAAUGGGGAAAGAAGUUAUUUCUGAUGCUUUUGGCUGGCUAUCUUCUUAAUGAAGAGCAGCAACACUAUAUUGGAUCGACUCUGUUCCGUCGCUUCAAACAAUAUAUUCUGAACUAAAGAUACUGUAGAGUAUUAUUAUUUGGUCCAAAA